AUGCGAUGGAAGGCUAGUGGCUCAAUGGAAGAAGAAUUUGAAGGAGACUUGACAUUGAUCGCACCCGCCGUAUUGACACCAGGAGCACUGCAAGUUUUCGUUCUGAGUCCCUCGGUAUUAUCGCCUCGUGUUCUCAGUCAGGAAAGGCUAGUAGUUGAGGUAUUCUCACCUCACAUCUUGGGAGGAGAACACGAGCAUGAAGAAGCCCACGGCGGACAUGUAGUAGAGGUUGGAGGAUUCCAAGGAGCACAUAGCCCUCACUACCACGGAGAAGAAUUCAUAGAAGUCGAAUGGUGA